UACAAAACUGCAUUUUUCCUGCAUCUGUAUGUCUUACCUGAUGAAUACUAGGAGCUAUUCAGCCGCAUCGAGUUUCUUGUUCGUGAUUGUAUAACAACCAAACAAGUGGUUCCAGAUCUAACACAUAUACUAAAUUCUUUGUAGUGUAUCUAUGUCUCAAGCAAGCUAUCUGCCAUUUUUCAUUUCUCUUUCAGUUCGUAUUUCUAACUUGCUGAUCAUUUCUUUAUCGCAGAGUCUGACAUCAUGCAAAGUCCUAGCAAAAUUUCCAGCGCCUCUGCCUCUCCUACAACCCCUGCUGUGUGCAGGCUUCAAGGAUGGGCGGAUCUCCCAGAAGGUCUGCUUCAAUCCAUCAUUCCUCUGUUGGGCUCCUUCCUCGAGGUCCUCGCUUUUGCGGGCACCUGUCGCUCUUGGCGCUCCGCCUUCUCCUCAUACCCAUCCAAAUCCACAUUCUGCACCUUGUUCCCACCUCUCCUUGUCCGACCUCAUAUCAGAGUCCAUGCUCGUCGUCUCCCUUCCAGAAGUGAUGACGGUCACAAGCUCCGCACAUGCCAGGUCCUUGAUCUAGCCAACCUGGGAACUGCCCUGCGCUGCCAGAUUCCUGAAGACACAUUUGAGAUGUUACGCUUUGCAGGCUCUUCUUAUGGUCAGCUGAUUUGUGGUGGCGGCAGAAAUUGUGUUGUGGUUGAUGUAUUCACAGGUGCCAGAGUUUUACCACCACAGCUCCCAUUCAGAUUCAGUGGGGACACUUAUUUCUACUCUGGCAUGCUGACAGCUCCCCUCGCCUCACAUGAUGCACACCUCCUAGUUUGCGCCGCACCCAAACAAGGCAGCACCCAACACUCCCUGCUUGAUUGGCCACUUGGAAGUGAUUCUUGGUCAGAACUAAGGCUCAAUGAUUCACGGAUUGAGCAGAUUGUGGAGUUCAAAGGUCAGUUCAUUGCGCUGGACUAUGAGUACAGGCUCCACACUCUAUCCUUGGCCCCCCAGCUUGGUCUGCAGGAGAUAUCAACUGUGUGGUGGGAUGACAUGGAUGCAUGCCCGUAUCUAAGGCCAUGGCUUGUGGUGUGUGGUGACAUGCUCCUCAUUGUUGACCACUACAUAUCCCUUUUAUUUGAUGGGGCACCUGUCAACUACGAAGCUUAUCGCCUCGACAUGUCAACUGUACCUGCAGUUUGGGUGAAGGUAGAGAAGCUGGAGAAUUACGUGCUCUUUAUUGGAAGCGAUGUGAGGAGCCCUGCGUUUUCUUGCAUCAGCCCGGGACGAUGGGGUAGGAGGAACAACUGCUUGUACUACGCAUAUUAUGAUGUACCCUGGAUCUUGCAUGGGCUUGGUGAUGAGGCAGAUGCUGUGUGGGAUCCAGACAAUGACCCUGACAUUGAGUUCAAGAGGAACUGGUACACCCAAUUGCAGCCCUUUUGGGUGUACCCAAGCAUGUUCUACGCUGAUGCUGAUGGCGAGUGACGGAUGCGUCUUCCAUCUGCUUGUGCUGAAAUCUCGCCUUCAUUCUCCAUAGAGAUUAGUAAUCAGAGACUUGCAUUAAACUGGGGAUAUGUAAGCAGACUUUUCAGUUUCGCUGUUUGGUUGUUUUUGUGUCUGCACUUGCACUACUAAAUCGUUUGAUCUAGUUGUGUAACUGUUGGCUAUGUGCUGCAAACCUUGAAAGCCCAGAAGUCUGGAACUAAUUACUGUUAUUUGAAGAGUAGAAAACGUUUGCAAUGCUUCAUCUA